UUGUCAACCAAAAAAAUACAAUUUGUCGGCAUCCGGAAAAAAAAAAAGCCUAUAAAACACGAUUAGGGCGCAGGGCGCACCAAUUCAACAAACAAACUCCAUUAACGUAAUUCAAGUUUGAGACAGAUUACAAUAGCAAAAAAUCUAACAAAGAAACACUCAAAUUAAACCGAAGACUAUGGCAGAUGCCUACUGCGGCGACUGCAAGAGGAACACAGAGGUGGUGUUCGAUCAUUCUGCCGGCGAUACCGUUUGUUCUGAGUGUGGACUCGUCCUUGAAUCCCACUCGAUCGAUGAGACCUCCGAGUGGCGUACCUUUGCCAACGAGUCCGGAGAUAACGAUCCCGUUCGUGUCGGCGGUCCCACCAAUAUCCUCCUCAACGACGGUGGUUUAUCCACCGUGAUUUCUAAACCUAACGGCGGCACCAGCGAUUUCCUUUCGUCUUCGUUGGGACGGUGGCAGAACCGAGGUUCUAAUCCCGAUCGUACACUCAUCUUGGCGUUUAAAACGAUCGCGACCAUGUCUGAUAGGUUGGGCCUUGUUGCAACAAUAAAGGAUCGUGCUAAUGAGAUAUACAAAAAGGUGGAAGAUCAGAAGUCAAGUAGAGGGAGAAAUCAGGAUGCCAUUUUGGCUGCUUGCCUUUACAUUGCUUGUCGUCAGGAAGACAAACCACGAACAGUAAAGGAAAUAUGUUCGGUUGCCAAUGGAGCCUCAAAGAAAGAAAUUGGUCGGGCAAAAGAAUAUAUUGUCAAACAACUUGAGCUUGAGAUGGGUCAAUCUGUUGAAAUGGGGACUAUUCAUGCUGGCGAUUUCAUGAGACGAUUCUGUUCGAAUCUUGGAAUGACCAAUCAAACUGUUAAAGCUGCCCAAGAAUCUGUAAAGAAGGCAGAAGAGUUUGAUAUAAGGAGAAGCCCGAUAUCUAUAGCUGCAGCUAUUAUUUACAUAGUAACUCAACUUUCGGAUGAGAAAAAGCCACUCAAAGAUGUAGCACUUGCAACUGGAGUUGCAGAAGGGACAAUCAGAAACUCGUACAAGGAUUUGUAUCCUCAUUUGACAAAAAUCAUACCAACUUGGUAUGCCCAAGAAGAUGAUAUUAAGAACCUAUCUAGCCCUUAAAAACCCAUACAUACUCUUUUAAAAGUUUAAUUAUCUUUUUUGGAUGUUCUUCUGAUACCAAAGAAGAUGACAGUUGAUAUGGACAACUGCCAUUUUCUGUCAAUCUUAUCCACUUUUGGAUCCUAUGAGUAUAUACUAUUAAUUUGUUAUUUUUAGAACUUACAUAAGUUGAGCAAUCUUACAUCUUCGGGUAACAUUGUUUUCAAUUUAAUGAAUGGAUUUGAAUGUGUCUAAUUAAGAUUGCUCAAAUAUAGCUAAAAGAAAAUAUAUAUAUAUUUUUUUUAUAAAUAGUAAAUUCCAUCCUAUACCAAGUAUGAAGUAUAAAACCCCAUAAGCACGAUGAAAAACUUAACAAGACUUCCAACUACUUUCAUGUAUACACUAACAUUCUCAUUGUACACCAAAGAUACAUUAUUCUCUCUCGGAAAUACUUAGGAUGACGAGAGUAUUUUUGUGACCUCCCCAUGAAUAUGAGGGGAAAUUUUUAAGUCAAAUAUGGGACUUAGUAUUUUUUUAGAUAGUCUAGUUUCUCUGUCUUAAUAUAAAUAUCAUGUUUUCAGUGAUUUUUUUUCUGGAUCUAAAUUGUUUUACC